UUCUUCUCCUCCUCCUCUCCCUCCUCCCUGUUCCUCCUUCUUUCUGUCUCUCCUUCUCUCUCCCCUGCCACAUUCCCUUCCUCCUUCCUUCUCCCGAGCACCAUGGAGUUCUCUGAGAGGAAAAGAAGCAGGAAAUCCCAAAGCUUCAAACUGGUGAACCAAGAUUAUCACCAUGAGAUAUAUAAGGUUUCUGACUUCAGCAAUGAUGUUAAUGGAGAGGCCAAAGAGACACAACCCAUUUUUUUAGGAGAUGAAAGCAUGGAAAUUAAAAAACAAAUUACAGGGAUGAGAAGAUUACUGAAUGACAGUACUGGAAGAAUCUAUCAGCGUGUUGGCAAAGAAGGAGAAAAACUAAAGGAAGAACCCCAGGAUUUAGACUUAGUCUGGGCUCAACGUUUGAAUUCUUCCACUGAGGUCUCACAGAACCUCCACCCUUCCCCCAGUGGUACAUGGAAUGAAUUACCAUCCCAAAUUGGCCAAUUCCCAGGCCAAUAUGGAACCCGAUCUAAAACUUUCCAGAGUCAGUCCAAAACUACUGGAGGAUCCAAUGGAGAACUUCCAGGGGUGAAUUCAUCAGUUGGAUCAAACUGCUGUACUUGUAACUGCCAGUCAACCUUGCAGGCCAUUCUUCAAGAACUCAAGACCAUGAGAAAAUUAAUGCAGAUUCAAGCAGUUGGGACUCAAAAUAGACAACAGUCCUCAAUUUCCCAUCUAUGCUCCCAGAGAACAGCUGUUUCCCGAAAAAGAAAUAAAAAGAAAAAAGUGCUCCCAAAGAUCACUGAACUUCUUCCUAUAAAUAAGAAGCCCCGUGUAAUAGAGAAUGAAAAGACAGCAGUUACCUCUGAACAAUCUGUUUUCCAAAAAGCUGACCACAUCCCAGCUGAGGAAAAUCACGUUUUAGGAUUUGGCAUUGUUCUUGAAUCACCAUCUUCAGAUCCAGAAGUGCAACUUGCUGAAGGCUUUGAUGUGUUUAUGCCUAAAUCUCAGCUGGAUUCUAUAUUGUCAAACUACACUCGCUCAGGAAGUCUUCUCUUUAGAAAAUUGGUGUGUGCAUUUUUUGAUGACAAGACUUUGGCAAACUCCUUGCCCAAUGGAAAGAGGAAAAGAGGACUCAAUGACAACCGGAAAGGAUUAGACCAAAAUAUUGUGGGUGCAAUAAAAGUCUUCACAGAAAAAUACUGCACUGCUAACCAUGUGGAUAAACUUCCUGGCCCAAGAGACUGGGUACAGAUACUACAGGAUCAAAUUAAAUUGGCCAGAAGAAGGUUAAAAAGAGGCUCAGCAGAGGUGGCUGACUGUGAUGAAAAACUGGACAGCAUUUCUGUACCACCAACAGGUAAUAUUUUUGAAACCAGAACAGAGAAGAUGGAAGACAUAGAACCAGAUUUCACUGCCUAGACUUUUCAUUUCUGUGGCGUUCAUUAGCAAAUGUAACUCUUUGUUUGGAGAUUUCUCUAAGAUCUGUGUAGGCAUUUCAGAUUACUGCACUAUGUGGAUGUUCUAUAAAGUUUUACCUUUAAAAUUGUUUUCACAUAUUUUCUCUGUAACAUGGACAAUCAAGUCAUCAAAUUGUUUCAAGAUCCUUCAUCUUUAGAAUUGAUUGGUUAUUCUUUGAAAGUCCCAUAUAUUAUCCAAUUAGUUUGGUAUCCAUUGUAACAAGAACAGCUCUCUCUCUGCUUCUCUUUUUCCUUCAUCUCCUCAUGUGUUUGUGCACAGUGUAAUGCUGCAUAUUUAUUUUAACUCAAGUUAUAUAGAUGUAAAAUACAGAUAAAGAAGACUGGCACUUCUCCUACACUGAGAGCACCCUGCUGCUGAAAGCCAAAAUAAACUUGACCUCCAUUGACUUAGAAGAUAAAGUUUUCUUUUGGGGGACAGACUAGUUCUUAUCUGUUAAAACAAGCUAGUUCUGUUAUCAGUGGAACUAAAGUGAGACUUUGGAGCAGAUUAAGUGCUAAUGAUAUAUCUCUGUUCUUCAGGAAAAAAAAAAUAUUUUGAGCAAUGGAAAGUAUUUGUGAGAUUUAGGCUCCCUAUAUAAUAGAAAGAUAACUGAUGGGAAAUUGAAACUUUUAGUCAAUCUUUAUAAUUAGCCUUCCAAAAACCCAGCACAUAACAAUUUCAUGGACUUUUUUAAAAACUAAGUUGCACAUGUCAGAUACUUGAGUAUUGUAUGGACUUCACCUUAGCCACAAAGGCACUUAGUGAAAUAUUCUGUGUUUUAUUUGAUUUUUAAUAUUGGUAUGCAUCCAGCUUAAGUAAAUCCAAAAUAUUAAAAUCUGCAUUUAUAGAAAAAUAUAAAUUGGCAGAUGGUUAUUCUCUUUACAAAAACGCUUAUCACAGAAUUCCUUGAGAUAAGUUAAUAUACUUAAAAUAGAUUGGACUCACAGUGAGUUUAUUUACUUAUACAUAAUUUUUCAGAAACAUAUCUAUUACAUUAAAGCAAAAUAAAAUUGAAAAUAAAUGUCACUUCUGACACUUUCAUAAACCAAUCAGAAGGGCUUAAAAAUUAAUCUUACUUUUUAAGGUGUGGACCCUCCACUUCAUAAAUAAAAGCUAUGUGGACAGUCUGACAUCUAUUACUAGCAUUUGUUUCAUAGAAUCACAGAAUGUUCAAUAAGCAUUUAUUAAGCACUUACUGUGUGAAUAGGAAUUGUGCUAGGAAAGCAAAAUCAAAGAAGAGAUAACCUCUGAUUUCAAGGAGUUUACCAUUGGUAAGCUGUAAGAACCACAGACACCAUCCAGGCAUGAGCCCUUUUUUUUGUUACUGAACUAAAGCCAGAGAGGCUAAGUGAUUUAUAUAGCCAGUUGUGUAACUAAUUAGUGGCAGAGCCCACCUAGAACCCAGGUCUCCUGAUUCCUGUUCCAUUGUGCUUUCUACCAGGCCACACUGCAAAAUUAAAGUGAGAUAAGAGGAGAACUCAUAGAUAAACUACUAUUCCAUUUUGAUCAUCAGCCAGUGAACUAAUGUGAGUACUGAGUGUAACUAUAAAGUAAUGAGACUGGUUUUUCCUGUAUAGCUUAUGGAAUCAAUCUUAGUACUUUACAGUCACACCUUGAAUAUUUGUUGGGGGGGAGGGUGGACUUGCAUUGGAUGAGAUGAUCCAGAGAAAUUGUUUUCAAUAUACUUUUUAGUUUUCCUUUUAAAUUUUGGGCAUAAACUUCCUUUCUAAAUUGAUUUCUUAAAAAAAAAAAAAAAAAGGACAGUCAAUUGGAGAGCUAGAAACAAGGGUCUUUGUUUUUCUGAGACACAUAUUUUGAAAAAAUUGUCUUCUGCCUCCCAGAAGGAAAUAGUUCUCAAUGAAAUCUAAAAGAUCAAUUGGUGACAUUUCAACUCCAUUAAAAUAAAAUUAAUAUGUUGCUAGAGAAGGUGAAAACUGUUGCUUUUGAACCAUGGAAUGUGUUAAAUGUCUAUCAUGAACCUUCCAAACUAUUUCCUUCUGAGGCUGGAAUAAUCACUUGUACUAUCACUUGGAAUUUUCAGCCCUUUAGGAGGGAUAGGGGUUAUUGUAGCCCCAAAAUACUUGCAAUGAAUCCACAAAUUGGAGUUAUGUAUUGCAAAACUGCAACCAUGAAAUGUUUUGUAAAUUUAAAUUGUUUUUGUGUUUACCUACUGUGACUACUGUUCAGACUUUAUUCAAAAAUCUUUUAUAGGCUUUAUGAACAAAGAAAAAUCAUUCCAUAUCUAUGGAUAAUGUCUCAAUCUUAUGUACAUAUGUUUUAUUAAUAUGUAAAUAUUUAGAUAUUUUUAAAUUACAAUGUUCUUUAAAACAAAUUCUACAAAGGAUUAGUUGUGAAAAUGGUGUAUAACAUUGUGUUGUGAUAUCAAUUCUUGAGAAGCUCCUUAUGUCCGUUCUGAAGAAAACAAUAAAUUACUUUAUUUGAACAUGCA